CUUAAACUCGGCGCUGCUACCUGCGGCCAACAUUGGCGUCGCCCCGCAUCCCCCCACCGUAUCUGCCUGCUUCACCAUCACGACAAGCACGGCGCAGCCUUGACACAAUCAACAUCGAGUGUGUUGACAACAAUCAAGACGCCCCCCUUCUUGAAAACAAUCUGCCACCAAAAUGUCGGACGACGAGGAUUUUAUGCAAGAAUCCGACGAGGAACAAUAUGACUUUGAGUACGAGGAAGACGAUGACGAAGACUCCGGCGAUGUCGAUAUCGAGAAUAAAUACUACAGUGCGAAGCAGCUUAAGCUAAGCAACCCUGAAGAAGCUAUAGAAGAGUUUCUAGGGAUGCCAGCGCUGGAGCAAGAGAAGAGUGAAUGGGGGUUCAAGGGCCUGAAGCAAGCCAUCAAGCUUGAAUUCAAGCUUAGCCGAUAUGACAGCGCCGCAGAUCAUUUCGAAGAACUCCUCACAUACGUCAAGUCGGCCGUCACUCGAAACUACUCGGAAAAGUCUAUCAACAACAUGCUCGAUUACAUAGAAAAGGGUGCAGAUGGCAAGGACGCAGUAAAGAGCAUGGAGAAAUUCUACUCUCUCACCCUUCAGAGCUUCCAAAGCACCAACAACGAACGCCUGUGGCUGAAGACCAACAUCAAACUUGCCAAGCUCAUGCUCGACAGAAAAGAAUACUCGGCCGUUUCAAAGAAGCUCCAUGAGCUGCACGCAGCAUGCCAGAAUGAAGACGGCUCCGAUGACAGCAACAAGGGUACAUAUUCACUCGAAGUUUAUGCCUUGGAAAUUCAAAUGCUCGCAGAGACAAAGAAUAACAAGCAACUCAAGACACUCUAUCAGCGGGCUUUGAAAGUCAAGUCAGCCGUACCACAUCCACGUGUCAUGGGCAUCAUCCGCGAAUGCGGUGGCAAGAUGCACAUGAGCGAAGAAAAUUGGAAAGAAGCACAGAGUGACUUUUUCGAAUCCUUUCGCAAUUACGACGAGGCUGGCUCGCUGCAGCGUAUUCAGGUACUCAAGUAUCUUCUCCUUACAACUAUGCUCAUGAAGUCAGACAUCAACCCGUUUGACUCACAGGAAACAAAACCGUACAAGUCGGACCCGCGUAUCUCGGCAAUGACGGAACUCGUGGACGCCUACCAGCGAGAUGACGUUCACGCCUACGAAAAGGUUCUGCAAGGCAAUCAAGAUAUCCUAGCCGACCCGUUUAUUGCUGAAAACAUUGAUGAAGUCACACGAAAUAUGCGCACAAAGGGUGUCUUGAAACUCAUUGCGCCAUACACGCGUAUGCGUUUGUCCCGUCUUGCGCAGCAGCUGAAAAUCUCCGAGCCCGAGGUCCAAGAUAUCCUUGGCUUUCUUAUUAUCGAUGGCAAAAUCAAGGGCAAGAUUAACCAGCGCGAAGGUAUUCUGGAAAUCACAUCCGAUGCCGACGCAGAGAGGACACAGACGCUGCAGAGUCUGACAAGCUCGAUAUCGACGCUCUUUAGCGCAGUCCUCCGCGAGGGCGAAGGCUUCCGAGCUUUGGAGCAGUCCACAGGAGAUGAGACAAUAUUUGAUUCUCCCAUGGGUGGAGGAGGAUUACGUGGCCUGCUUAGGGGACCUGGAAGCAAGAAAGGCAAAGAGAGAAUAGCUCUUGCUUAGGCGAAAAAUCAGUUGUUAGAGUUGAGAAGUACCAAAAUGCGGCGCAAAGGGGACAUGGCAUGAAGACGGGGAGCAUAACAUUGACGCCAUAGAAAGUAGUCUAAUGAAACAUCACGACAUGUAUAAGUUUAAUUAUGGAGACUGAU